AUGUCACUACUCCAACUUCCCCCCGAAAUCCUAAUUCAAAUCUUCGAUUAUGUCGGCUCAUCCUAUUUCCGUUCGGAUCUGUCACGCCUCACGGUCUGUAAGCAGUGGAGCAAAUUCGCCCAUACCGCGUGCUUUUGGGAUUUUUACGUCACUCAAAAAACACUACGACGCUUGCUGUCUUUUCCGUAUGUGGAAUCAAGUCUGUCUCUCGUCAAAGACAGCGUGGAAACUCUGGACCUGCAUUUGAAGGGCUUUGAAGACUGGGACUCUAUUCCGCUGUCUCGACACGAUUCGCAGGCCGUAAAUGUCCUAAAUGUAUCAACCUGGAACGGCGCUCAUGGACGCGCAGUGCGCGCAGCCUGGACAACGGAGUUGAAUAACGAUCUCCUCUAUCUUGCCACCAUCAUCAAACAAUCACGGAAACUGCGCAUCCUACGCAUCCAAGCCACUAUUGAACUGCAUCCGCUACUUCGUCUUCUAGAACGCCGCGACUACCUUUUUCUCUCCACAAUACGUGCCUUCUUAUCAACCAGCAACCUAAAUAGUCUAGAGCUAGAUCUGUGUGGUACUCGGCUUCUACCGCAUCAAAGCCAAGAGCACCGUGAAGAUUUCCAUGUCUGCACGGGUAUCGCCGCGCUUCUUACUACGCUACGACGUUUGCGACUGCGCAUGCGCAGUAUCUGUGCUGAUGUUCUAAAACCUCGACAACAUAGCACCAAUCUACGUUUGAACGAGGUGCUCAUCAACCUCAGUCUAUCCAACGAGUCACCCCUAAUCACUUCGGCGGCGCACGCCACAUGUUGCGUUUCCCACACAGGGGGGUUCCUUCAACUGAAAGCGGGUAUGGAGAAGCAGGCGCAAGUUCUUGUGGAACAGAUGGCGGCCCCAAAGAUAGUGAGGGUGUUGACGCAUGCGCUUCCGAGUAUUGAAAUGCGGGCAUUCGAUGUCUUGAUUGGCAGAAAUGUCACAUUGAGUGAGGGUGCGGAGUGGGAUGAUGACGGCGAGGCUAUCGAGGACGAAGUAUCGGACGAGGAGUCCGAGAUUUCGGACCUUUCCUCAGACGACGAUGGAUAG